CCCACCGCCCGCACCAUCUUCUCUCUCCCGAUCAGCCCCACCUCUUCACCAAAAAUCAAUGAAGAUCCAGUGCAGCGUCUGCGAGGCGGCGGAGGCGACGGUGCUCUGCUGCGCCGACGACGCGGCGAUGUGCGCCGACUGCGAUCAGAAGGUGCACGCCGCCAACAGGCUCUCUGGCAAGCACCAGAGGGUUCCUCUCUCCGCUUCUUCGUCGAAGAUGCCCAAGUGUGACGUGUGCCAGGAAACAGCAGGAUACUUCUUUUGCCUUGAGGACCGAGCUCUACUUUGCAGAAGAUGUGAUAUUGCUACGCACACUGCAAAUCGUUUGGUCUCUGCUCAUCAGAGGUUCUUGCUCACUGGAGUUAAAGUAGGCCUCGAAGCAGCCAAACUUGAUCCACCAGUGUCCUCAGGGACUAAACGUUCUCAAUCAAUCGAUAAAACCUCAGGAUCAAACCCCCCUCUUGCUCCGAGGAGUACUACCAUGCAGGUAGCAGCAACUGAUCAAUCCAAUAAAACUCUGCCUGUCCAAACCACUGUAGGUGGGGAUAUUUCAUUGUCGAAGCUGCCUAUUCUGGGCAGCUCGAAAACUAAAAGCUUUUCACAGUGGGAGUUGGAUGAAUUCCUUGAGCUUGGGGACUCCGGUCUUGAGUUCAUGGAUCCUGCGCUAUCCAAGUCGGAUCGCUCGUCUCUCCUGAGAGUUACUGAUUUGGAGGUCGAGGGUGACGAGUGUCUGGGUCAGUCGCCGAAUGCUUUCUGGACGGUGCCAGAGGUUCCAUCUUCCCCGACAGCAUCCGGGCUUGCCUGGCCCAAGAUUCCUCAGACCCCAUCCGAUUCUGCUGCCUUCGUGCCCGAUUCUGCUGCCAUCGUGCCCGGUAUCAUCUCCUUACCUGCACGCUCCCCCGGUGGUGAAAAUUUGUUUUGAGUAACCCCUCUGCAAUAUUACUUUUCACUUAUACUGUGUCCUAUGUCACAUUAGCUAGUUUUGUAGGGCUAUGAAUAUGAGUAUUCUUACCAAAUAAUGUUGAAUUCCUACUUGUUAAUAUUGUAUGCAAUUUGCAAACAGAGUUGUUUUA